GCGCCUGCGUGUCCCGUUGGGGCCAUGGGGCGGCGGCGGCGGCGAUGGCGCUGGGCCCAGGAGCGCGCGCUGUUGGGCUGCUGCAGCGUGGUGGCCUGGCUCAGCAAGGCCGAGUGGGACCAGGUCAUGGUCUACCUCUUCUGCCCCGACCCCAACCUGCAGCAGUACGCGCUGCACCGCGUCUCCGCCUGGAAGAGCAGAUCCAGCAACAACCUCCCCCUGGCCGUGGCCUGCACCGCCGACCUGGUUCUCUGCACCAUCCUCGACGUGACCGGAGACCUGGGCCCCGACGCGCUCCUCUACCUCUACGGGAUGGCCCUGGUCAGGUUCAUCAAUCUGAUCACCGAGAGGAAGAAGACGUACUGCCCUGCUUCCCUGAGACAGCUGGCCUCCGAGUUGAACAUUCCGGAUUGGAUCGUCAGUCUCCGCCACGACCUGACCCACGGGAAGCUGCCCCAGCUGAGCACCUGUCGCAAAGGCAGCAAAGCUGCCCUGGACUGGCUGCGGCGAACCUAUUGGUGUCGCCAGCUGGGGAACAACCUCGUGGAGUCCUGGGACUCGGAGCUGGACGAGAAGGUGGCGGCGGCAGCGGCGGCGGCAGAGGAUGACGACAACGAAGAGGAGGAGGACGUCGACGACGAGGAGGAGGAUAGCGGGGCCGACCUCUCGACCGGCAACCAGCAGAGCCCUCCGUCGGCAAAAGAACUGAGACACAAGGAGCUGUACGAGAAAGUCCGCGAUAUCCUGGUGUCCUACGAGGAGCAGCUCUAUGGGAAGCUGAGGGAGAAUCGGAAGCGUUUCAAGGACAUCCGGGCGAGGUACACCCUGUCCGAGAAGGUGAAGUGGAUCGUGGUCCAGUUGAAGAACGUGGUCCAGGAGAACAGGGGCGUGGUGCUGGAUGCCCUGCUGGACGAGGGAUUCCUCAUUCCCACCAAGGAGCAGCUGGCGGCGCUGCGGAUCCCGAAGAAAGACUCCGCGGACCUGGAACGCCUGCUGCUGCUGCCCCGGCCCGUCUCCCACUUCUGGCAGCCGCUCCUGAGCCAGUUGGACUCCUCCCAGCACUUCACCCAGGCCCUGCUGGAGCGCAUGCUGACCACCCUGCCCCACUGCGCCAACGAGCCCCCCGGCCUCCGCCCCUCCUACCUGCUGGGCUGGAUCGCCGAGCUGCUGGUGGCCCACACCAAGUCCCGGCAGACCGCCCGGCACCUCACCUCCGCCCAGUGGGACGUGCGGAAGUCGUGGAUGAUGCUGGGCCCCAUCACUCCCCUGCAGUGGCCUCAGCUGGUCCAGACCUGCCUGGCCGCUCCCUGCUGGGCCAGCCCCCACCUGCUGCAGCUAAUUCUGAAGGCCUCGGAGCAGCCCCUGCCCCUGACCACCCAGGAGAAGCUGCUGCACCUCUGUACCGUGUACACCCAGGGGGGGUCCUCCCUGCCCGGCUCCGACACCGGGCCCGCCUCCUCCGGACAGCCCAUCUACACCCUGGAGAGCCUGCGGGGCCAGGCCUGGGGCCGGGGGCCCGAGGGCCAGGGGCGGGAGCCUGGCAAGGAGGAUGAGGACGAGGAUGAGGACGAGGAAAAGGAGGAGGAAGAGGAGGAGGAAGAGGAGGAGGAAGAGAUGGAGCUGGAGGGCGCAGAAAGGGAGGAGGAGGAGGACGACGACAGCGGGACGGAGCGGGCGGCCACCCUGGACCUGGCAAACGUGCCGCCCGCGCCUCUGGCCGUACCCAAGAACCCUGAGGCGCUGGCAGAGAAGCAGGCGGUGCUGCAGGGGUCUGCCUGGCAGCUCAGUGCAGAUGACGUGCAGUGGGGCCUGUACCCUCUGGGGAGGCUCCCGGGCCAGACGGAGGACCCCGGCUACCUGCUGCUGGGCAGCUACACGGUCCUGGACCAGCCGGCCACAGAAGGGCGGCCGAGUCCCACAUCUUCCGGGAAUUGCUGCCCGGACCUCCUCGACUCCGGCGGCGAGGGGCUGCUGUGGACGCAGGGGGAGCUGAACCGCCUGAAAACCGGCCUCCAGCUCUUCUGACUCCACGUUCCCUCGUCGCCCGGCCCGGGCCGAGGGUCGUGAGUCGCGGACGGGGAGCCGGGGGAUCCUAACCCUUCCUGCGGGGGCUCCCGCUCCAAACAUUUGUAACUGCCUUCGGAGGAAAAUAAAGCGAGGACGGGGGCUCCCGUCUGUACCCAG